UAUUCUAAAACCCCUAGCACUUGGGUCUCAUCAGCCUUAGAAACCCCGACGGUAAAAAAAAAAAAAAAAGGUUUUCGGGAAAAAGAAAAGCGAAUACGAAACCUCUUUGCCUCUGUAAAAUUCUAUAAAUGCAAAUUAACUUUAUGGGUCUAUUCUGAUUGUCACACAGACAUGCAUAUACACGCAUUCGGAGGAGAAGUUUGGAAAUUUCUGCCAAUUGUUUACCUUUUCUUAUAAAAGUUUCAAUUUUGAUUCGAGGUUUUGCAAAAGGCGAAGAUGGGUGGUUGGUGAGGAAGUGGGGGUUUAAAGAAAAAGCUUCAAUUUCUAUUUCGAAAGAUGAAUUGUAGUUAUAUAGAUAGACACCAGUUUGACAGAUAAACGAAUGGCUUGGACAGCAACUCGGAAAAGGGGUGUUCGUGUUGGUCUCUUUAGAGCUCUGAUUUCACCAUCACUAGGACACGCAGUGGGAUUAACCUCCAAAAAUAAUCUUGAGCAUGCAGUAAAAUCAGUUUCUGCUUCUUUCAGUCGGAUACCUGAGAUCUCUUGCAGCUCAUUUGUACAGGGCCAUCACAUUUUUUCUACUAAAGAAUCCUUAGCACGGUGUUUUCAUGGCACUCCAGAACUGCUGUUUAGAAGAAGAAAUAAUAAUGAGGCAGUGGGUCUGAAGGUCCAAACUAAAGAGAAGUUUAAGAAGAAGGACAGCAGCAAGAACCAGCCACCUGUUGAAGCUCCAUAUGUGGCUCCUAAACUGAAAAGGAAUACCAAGUCUUCACAAGAUAAAACAGUUGACAUUUUUGAAGGCAUGACUGUUGUUGAGCUUGCAAAGUGUACUGGUGAGUCCAUUGCCACUCUGCAGAAUAUUCUUGUUAAUGUUGGGGAAAAAGUUGGCUCAGAAUUUGAUGCCCUCAGCCUUGAUGUUGCGGAGCUGGUUGCAAUGGAACUUGGGGUUAAUGUUAGGAGGCAACACUCCAAUGAAGGUGCAGAAAUUGUACCACGGCCUCCUGUUGUGACAGUCAUGGGUCAUGUUGACCACGGUAAAACUUCUCUUUUAGAUGCUUUGCGUCAAACAUCAGUGGCAGCUAAGGAAGCUGGGGGCAUAACUCAGCAUGUGGGUGCUUUUGUUGUGGGCAUGCCCUCAGGGGCAUCAAUCACAUUCCUCGACACUCCUGGUCAUGCUGCAUUUAGUGCAAUGCGAGCAAGAGGUGCAGCAGUGACAGAUUUAGUUGUGCUUGUUGUGGCUGCUGAUGAUGGAGUGAUGCCUCAAACACUUGAAGCAAUGUCUCAUGCAAAAGCAGCUAAUGUACCAAUUGUAGUUGCAGUUAAUAAAUGUGACAAGCCAGCAGCCAAUCCAGAGAGAGUUAAAAUCCAGCUUGCAUCAGAGGGCUUGCAGCUGGAAGAGAUGGGUGGUGAUGUUCAGGUGGUUGAAGUUUCAGCUGUUAAGAAGACUGGAUUGGACAAUUUGGAGGAGGCUUUACUUCUUCAGGCAGAGAUUAUGGACCUGAAAGCACGUGUUAGUGGCCCUGCUCAAGCUUAUGUAGUAGAGGCAAGACUUGAUAAAGGUCGCGGUCCAUUAGCUACUGCAAUUGUGAAGGCAGGGACUUUGGUUUGUGGGCAGCAUGUUGUUGUGGGUUCAGAGUGGGGGAGAAUAAGGGCUAUAAGGGACAUGGUAGGGAAGUUGACUGAUCAGGCAACACCUGCAAUGCCUGUUGAGAUUGAAGGGCUUAAGGGGCUUCCUAUGGCUGGUGAUAAUAUUGUUGUUGUGGAAUCUGAGGAGCGAGCUCGGAUGCUUAGUGCAGGAAGGAAAAGGAAAUUUGAGAAAGAUAGGCUUAGGCAGAUGAUUGAUGAAAGGGCAGAGACCAUGGAGCCAUCAAAUGACACGCCUGUACCUGAGAGGGCUGAAAUGGCAUUUAUUGUGAAGGCAGAUGUGCAGGGGACUGUUCAAGCUGUCACAGAUGCAUUAAAGACUUUAAACAGUCCCCAGGUUUUCGUGAAUGUAGUCCAUGUUGGUGUUGGGCCUAUUUCUCAGUCUGAUGUGGACUUGGCACAAGCCUGUGGCGCAUGCAUAGUUGGAUUCAAUGUGAAGACUCCGCCCAGUGCUAUCAAUUUGGCUGCAACUCAAGCCAGGAUAAAGAUAAUGCAGCACCGCGUGAUCUAUCACCUUUUGGAGGAAGUUGGCAAUUUAAUAGUUGACAAGGCCCCUGGAACUUCCGAGACCCAGGUAGCUGGCGAGGCUGAAGUGCUCAAUAUCUUUGAGCUUAAAGGGAGGAGCAAGGCCAUAGGAGGUGAUAUCAAGAUUGCCGGCUGCAGGGUUUUAGAUGGGCAUGUUGUGAAAUCAGCAACCAUUAGGCUUCUGAGGAGUGGGGAAGUUGUGUUUGAAGGUGCUUGCACGUCACUCAAGCGGGCGAAGCAGGACGUGGAGAGAGUGGGGAAGGGAAAUGAGUGUGGACUUGUCAUUGGUAAUUGGGAUGAUUUCCGGGUUGGAGACAUCAUUCAGUGCUUGGAGCAAGUAGUAAGAAAGCCCAAGUUCAUUUCAUCGGAGAGUGGUGCUGUUCGAAUUGAGUGCUGAAUGUUCUUAGAGAAUCUAUAGGAAAGAAAAAGUUUUGAUUCUUGUAGUCAUAUAAUGCUGCAAUAAGUUUUGCAUUAAAAGCUGGAACACUCUGCAUUUGGCGCAUGCAUCUGUAAUUCCAAGUAGACUAAUACUCCCUACAGUGUUUUCUGGGAGACAAUUUAGGAAUUCAUUAUAAAUUUUGUUAUGCCUUGGAGGCAACUCACUGAUUACUGAGCUAAAUUAAAUCAGCAGAGAAAAGAAGGCAUAAAUUCAUUAGCUA